ACUUACAAUUAGUUACUUAACCUCGUUUUUUUGAACGUAAGAAACACAAUGGCGAAAAAAUAGUAUUGUAUUUUAAUAAUAAUUUCAGUUUAAAUUGCUAAAAUGACUGACAAAGAGGAGAAAUAUGUGGGAAGUGUAUCUCAACAAGAAUGUGAAAUUGCAGAAACGGCUUUAUUAGAAUUUAACAGGGGGAAUUAUAACAACUGCUUACAAGAAAUUAAUAAACUUGAAAACAGAACAUUCGAUUUUAAGGUAUCUCAUAAUAAAAUUGUUGCAGAAUAUUAUAAAUCAGAACUAAAGAAAACUGAAGCCUUUCAGAAGAAUUUAAACUAUUUAUUGAACCAAUUUAGUAUCAGACUCGAAAAACUUGAUGAUGUUGACCACUGUGUGGCACACUUUAACUUAGCAGUAGUAUAUUUUCACAAUAACCAAUAUACACAGACACUUCGAAUUAUGGAAAGGGUUUACAAAUUUAUUGAACCAAUGGAUGAAACAUUGGCUAAACAAGUUGGGUUGUUACUUGUUGAACUGCAACUUUCUGUGAAACAAAUUGAUAAAGCAAUGACUUUGCUUGUGUAUUUAGAGAAUUAUUUCACUAACACCUCUGUAACAGAACUGAAAGGUGGGAAAAAUGUAGGAAAGGAACAAAGUGAUAAAAAAAGUACAACUCCAGUGGAAGAAUCUUUCAAGAAGAAAUUGGCCGUCUACAAGGCCAGGUGCUAUUUGAUGAAUCACAAUCUAGAGUCUUUCAAAAAGGAGGUUGCAGUUCUUCAAAAUUCAAAGGUGAGUUAUUGUAUGUUUCAAAUUUCUAAUGUAACAUUUAAGUGAUAACUCGUAUAACAAACAAGA